UACGGAGACGUAUUUAUUUCUGCUAUAGUGUAGAAUUAUUUUUUUUUCCUGAAUUUAAAACUUUAGAACUGUAAUCAGUAAUACUUGGCAUUUGUCUCCCGUUGAAUUAACAACACUACUAUAUUCCUCAGACGUGCAACCAGCACAGUCGCCGCUAGAUGUCGCCUUAGCAACACUGUUAAGGCGAGCGUCUGUUUCUACAGCAACACUGCCGCACUUGAGCCUUGCGCUUGCGCAGUCGGAGCGACGCCGACCUUCAUCACGGCUUCCUUUUGAAAAGAAAAUCACAAUAAAAGUGUAUUGGGAGGUCCGCCGGAGCCAACAACGGCGUGUUCACGAAUUGUCCUGUUUGAGUUUGACGGAGGCCAUCAGUGUUUGGGCUCCUGUGAUGAAGUAGCGAUGCGAGCCCUUUCGCAGCAUGCAAAUGAAUGUGAUGAGUUCGUGGUAGUAUCCCAUGAUGCCUCGCUUUAUUUUGGCUGGUAGCUCCGGGAGAUGAGCUCGGGCACAACCUCGGUGCGGUCCGAGAGAGCGGACUCCCUUCUCCCAUCUACGUUUAACAUGCUGCAACACACCUAAAAAGGACUGGAUAGAAAGGAAGCUCCGCGUUUGUAAAAGAAAAAAUAUUUAAAUUAUAAAGCAGAGACAGGUGCCUGGGUUUCAGCCAUGACGUCGGUCAGCCUGGAGAACCAGCUGCACAGUGCGCAGAAGAACCUGCUGUUCCUGCAGCAGGACCACGCCAACACGCUGAAGGGGCUCCAUGCGGAGAUCCGGCGGCUGCAACAGCACUGCACAGACUUGACAUACGAGUUGACAGUACGAAGUUCAGAUUCUACAGGUAGCAGUGAACUGAGGUGCGAUGAGUUGAGGAAAAAAUGUGAAGAACUGGAAGCCCAGCUGAAAGCCAAAGAGGAGGAAAACGUGGAGCUCAUGAAGGAGCUGGAGCAGAAAAACGCCAUGAUCUCAGUCCUGGAGAACACGAUCAAGGAGAGGGAAAAGAAAUACCUGGAGGAGCUGAAAACGAAAAGCCAUAAACUGAACAUGCUGUCGAGCGAGCUGGAGCAGCGGGCCAGCACCAUCGCCUACCUGACCUCCCAGCUGCACGCCACCAAGAAGAAACUGAUCGCCACGUCGAGCGAGAGGCCGGCGGUCAUCCCGCCCAUCGCCUCGGAGCGCACGGCCGCCAGCCCGCACCACAGCCCCGCCCGGGAGAGGCAGCACAGGGCGCACGUGGGCGUGGCGCACCGCAUUCACCACCUGGCCCCCCCGCCCGCGCCCGCGCCCGCCGAGGUGGAGACGCUGGCCGUGGACCAGGUGAACGGGGGCAAAGUGGUGAGGAAGCGGUCGGGGACUGACAGGACAGUGUGAAAGCAUCCAGUCCGUGACGGGAAGACAAGGCAAUCACUUCAAUCAGCUGCUUUUUAUGCAACACUCAGUAACGACAGAAAAACACUCACGCUCCUCCUUCAAGACUCUUGUGCUCCCUGGUAGAAAACUCUUAAGAAAGCAUGCCAAAAUUUGGUUUGAAAGCCUAUGUGACAAACAUCUUGAUUCGCUGAAUCCAGCUUCUAUAAUUUACCAUCCCACUCGUUCCUUUUUUUUGGGAAAAAUAUGCAAAACCACCCAGCCAAAAUAAACCUGACUCUAUGUUGUUGCUUGCUUCAGUUAUGCAUUCUGGAUACAUACAUGCUCAUGUACAAAAAAAGGUUACACAACCCAGAUUUCCAUGUUUUCAUCCCACCACAGAUGUAUUAUCAACAAGCGAAGACUAACAAGCUUUAUGUAGAAUGUGCAGCAACACGUUAAAAGUGUCUACUCCCAAAUGAUUUUUUUUUUGGCCUGGACACCAUAUACGUAGACGGUUUCCAAAGAGCGGAGUUCACAAUUGACGACAAAGCCUUUGCAUAGGCAGCAAUAUAUUUAAUCUGUGCAUAUGUAAAUGGCAGGAAUGGAGUAGCAGACGGCUUGACUUGUGGCGAUGUUAGGCAGUUUGUAAAUCAAUUUUGUAACAACAACUGUUCCUGUACACAAUACAGAAUUGUAACUUGCAGCCCUGCUGUGUGUUGUUUUUCCAGGGUCAAGCAUAUGCAUUCAGACACUUUAGUGAUGUUUUCACAAGGUGUUCACGAACCAUGUAGUCCUUGUGCAAAACCAGUAUGGGUGGUUUGAAUACAGUGUUCCAAGGGGAGCCGUGGUUACACAGGCUCCCAAACAUUACUGAAUUCCAAGGCAAACCCUGACAAGUUGAAAUAAAGACCCUCCAGCAAAUGUC